AACACACGACGCAGUCUAACGACAAGAGCUGAAGCAUAAAGACAUGCGAGGACGGGUGCAACAACCGAUAGAGUCAGUGAACGCAUUGCAUUCAACAAAGAAAUAAACAACUAGCUAACUAAAAUAAAAAAUAAAACUUGACAUAAGAGCGAGUUGUCAGACUGUGUUUUUUAGUGCUAAACCUAAAGUUAAGUGCUUCGUCGUCAGUUCUGUGCCAAGUACUCAUUAUGGUUGUGCAAAAGGCAGCCACGCCCACACUGCCAGCUGCAGCCGUUGCUGACAGCCCGGCCAACUGUUACAUGCAGCAGUACCAGAAAUAUGCAACACACUGCGAGACCGCCGACAGCGGCAACGGUAGCGAUCUCGAGAGCAACAGCGGCCCCGUGCAGCCAGCCCUGAUCCUUAUGACCGACGACAGCGAGGAGAGCGAACCUUCCUCCCUGAACAGCGACCAACUCAACUGCAGCGCCACGGAGUAUGUGCGUCAGGCGGCAGCCAAGCCAAGUGGCCAGCUCAGGCAGCGUCACAAAUCGUUACGCAUGCUCGGCACCUUGCUGCCGGACUCUCUGCUGCGGGACAUACGCGACAGACGCAGCAGUUCGGAGUAUGUGGUGCAGUUCACCAGCCCCGCGGAGGUCAAGGACAAGCCGUUAAACCGGCACCCGACUGGCCGCGGAAUCGCAGAAACGGAGGCGGAGGCAGAGACGGAGUUGUCAGAGCUGUCACAGUUGUCAGAGUCGUCGCAGACAUCGCUGCGCUUAUCGCGCGAAUCACUCAACGAGGAGAGUAUUGAGGAGUUGCGUGCCGCCGUGCAACGCGCCAACUUUGUGCAAACCGGUGAGGAGGCAACAGCCUCAUCGCUGCCAGUCACCAACGGCAACAGCAACAGCAACAGCAGCAGCAACGGCAACGGCAACAACCGCUCCAACAACAACUACAAAUAUGCCGACGAUCAAUACUACAGCUUUCACAUAAACGAACACGAGAACUUCAGCAGCUUUGCGAGACACGGCGACGGUAACGGCGAUGACGGAGCCGGGGAGUUGGCACGACUAACGGAACAUGAGCAGCACGACGUGUUCGCCGGGUAUCGGGAUGUGAGGAGCACAGCGAGUUCGACACAGUCAACCAUACGCUCAGCAAAGGGAACUGUGCGCGGCGUUAAGAAUCGUGUGCGCAAUGGAAUAGCCACAUUCUUGCAGCUGCAGCAGCAGCCAAAUGCCAAGUGCUACAAGGAGAAAGAUCUAGGCAAGGUGGUCCUCUACACGACCAGUAUGGGCGUCAUACGAGAUACCUACACCAAAUGUGCCAACGUUAAGCAGAUUCUGCGCACUCUGCUGGUUAAAUUCGAGGAACGCGACGUCUUCAUGAGCGUUGAGUAUCAGGCCGAGAUGCGCCAACGCAUGCAUGCCUCACAGAUCCGAGUGCCCCAGCUCUAUGUGGAGGGUCAGCAUAUUGGUGAUGCGGACACCGUGGAGCGCAUGAACGAGUCGGGCGAACUGCGACAGCUGCUUAAACCCUACAAAACGAUUGCCAGCACUUAUACCUGCCAGACCUGUGGAGGCUAUCGACUGCUGCCGUGUCCAUCGUGCAAUGGCUCCAAGAAGUCAGUGCAUCGCAAUCACUUUACGGCCGAAUUUGUGGCGCUCAAAUGCAUGAACUGCGACGAGGUGGGGUUGGUCAAGUGUCACAACUGCUGAUAGAGAGAGAAAGAGAUCGCUGGACAGCUUCAUCAGCAUUGAUUAUAGCAUUUAAGUGCAUUGUUUGCAUUUUGUAUAACCAAUAGAUUGUAAGACCAGUUUAACGUAGUCAAAAAUGAAUGAUGAAUACACUAACUAACCAUGUCUAGGUUUAAGUAGUAAAUAGUUUCAAUGGCACACACACACCUUUGAGUUGUCUUUUGUCUUACUUCCGUGCUGUUAUCACAA